AUGGAUGUUAAUCUUGAAACAGCUGCUAAAGAAGGAGACGUAGCGUACCUCAACCGAUUUCAUGUGAACAGGGAGACAGAGAAUGGAGAAACAACUUUGGAAAGCUCCUUCCUCGGUCAAACACCAGAAGGGGACAACAUUCUUCACUUGGCUGCAAAGCGAAACCGGUAUAGCUUCAUUGAGAAGGCUCUACAGAAGAUUCCAGCGGUAGUGUUACUCAUUCGUCAGAGCAACUCCAGAGGGGAAAACCCCCUCCACAUUGCAGCUCAGUUGGGGCACCUUGACAUAGUGCAGGUGCUCGUCAAUUCCUACAAGACUCACUUGCGAGAUGUCAAAGACAUGAAGUUUAGAUCUACCUUGUUGUCCCUCAUGGUAGUUGAAGAAGGAACGAGUCUUGAUCCAUGGAUAGCUCAAGAUUCGAGUGGAAACACCCCACUACAUGAGGCUCUUAGGAGUGGGUAUGAGGAGGUAGCAAUGUACCUGCUUCAAGUGGAACCGAAAUUGGCUGAUAGUAUCAACAAUGCUGCGGAAGGCAUACUCUUCCUUGCCGCAGCCUAUGGUCAUGAGCAAAUUCUAGAGAUGAUCCUGACCUCAGAAGUUCCAUACAGUUUAAGUUCACCUGCUGGGUUGACUCCACUACACGCACUGAUACACAAUUGCUCAGAGGGCGCUGCCCAGCUUUUACUAAGGAAACACCCAGAACUAGCAAAGAGAGCAGACAAGCACAAGCAAACAGCAAUAUACUAUGCAGCAGUAGCAAAUAAAGAUAGGCAUGUGGAGGUACUACUAAAGACAGAUAAAUCAUGCGCAUACCUAAAAGACGAGAAUGGUUUUACUCCCCUCCUUAUAGCAGCAAGUCUUGGUCAGUUAAAAGCAGUACAUAUAAUACUUCUUCAUUGUCCAGAAUCGAUUACUAUUUGUGAUACCAAUUGUAAGACUGCACUGCACCUAAUGAAACUAGAAAGUUAUGAAGAAGGCAUAGAACUCCUUAUGAAUCCAGCCAUGGAAAGGCUCAUUAAUGUGCCAGAUCUGGAGGGAAAUACUCCAUUACAUCUAGCAGUGAAGAAUUCUGAUCACAUUAAGGCUAAGGUGAUACUAGAUAUGGACAAAACGGGAAUUAAUUUAAGGAAUAAAAAUGGUGACACACCCUGGGAUUUAACCAAACGACAGCAAGAGCUUUCAGAAAACAUGGUAAAAAUUGGCUAUGACCUAAUUAUGCAUUCAAGUGAUAAGCACAAACCAACUCAACAAGAAACUGAAAAUCAACCUGCAAUGAUCCCCCAAACAGUACAUAAUUUACAGGAAGCCAACAAAAUAAUGCAUAAUAACUUCAGCAUAGUUGCAAUUAUAGCUGCAAUUUUUGCAGCCAUUACUUUUGCAGCAGGUUUCCUAGUCCCAGGUGGGUUAGAUGUAAAUGGGCAUGUUGUUCUGACAAGAGUGACCGCUUUUAAAGUGUUCAUUCUGUCAAAUACAACAGCCAUGUGCGGCUACACAUUUGUGCUGUUCAGUGCUCUUUCGACGAUGAUGCUUGGUCAGAGAGAUGAUAAACCAAGAUAUUUACUGUCUUUCAACAUUUACAUUCUUCGACUAUCUUUCUAUGCAACCUUAAUAGCCUUUCUAGAUUCUUCUCCAAGCUUUGGAUAUAAUGAGACGGUAAAGAAAACUAGUACUCAAGCAUUUCACUCAAGAAUCCUCUAUCAGAAAACUUCGGCCAAUACCUUCUUGGCACAAACCCUGAAACCCUACCGAAAACUUUUAGUCGUUAAAACAAAAAAGGGGGAGAAAACAAGAUGUCUUCUCAUACUGUCUAUUGAUAAAUGUUUCUUCCAUUCGGACUUCGGUCAGCCAUCAUUCACAACAAAAAGACAGAGAGAGAAAGGUUAUCAGUUUAUAUCGAUGUAG